UUUACGAGAAUAUCAAAAUGGCUACCACCAUGAUACCGAUUCCACCAUAUUUAUUUCGAAAAUAUUUUUGCAUAUCUAAAUUGAGAUGUAGGAAAAUAUAUACUACAAAAAGGGUAUCCGAAUGGUAUUUGAGCCCAUUGCAAUGCAGAGAAAUUCUAUCUCACAACCAACAAAAUUGCACAAUAGAUUAUAACGAACAAAUAAACCAAAAGAAUAAACACCCACAAAAUAUCCUUAACCAUGCCAAAUUACGCAUAGAAUCGAAUUACUUAUUAUCUAACACUCCCAUCGAGGAUAGGCUAUGUUUCGGUACCUGUUUUUUUACAAAAUAUUUUAUGGCGGGAAUAUUUGAUGGCCACCUGGGAUCACCCUGCUCGCACGUUUUAUCUACUCGAUUCCUUAAUUUCUUGGCCCUUAGCUUGCUACCAAACGAAAAUUUAAUUUCCUUAAUGGAACAAUUAUCAUCCGACUCUGCCAAUCGGUCUUCUGCUACCCAUAUUCAAUCAUCUGUUACUUCAAAUGACGAAAAAAAACACGAGGUGAUAGAUAACGAGGAAAAUUUAAAUAUUUUUCGUAUCAUGAACAACACCGAGGAUGAUAGUAUUAAUAACACUCAAAUGCCACAGCAAAUCCCUCUUGAAUUUUAUAAAAGGUAUAUAAAACAAUUAAUUGAACGAAACAACCAAAUUUUAAAACUAACCAAUGACUACUAUUCCAUGACUACUUCAAAGGAGAAUGACCAAAAUAAAUCACAAAAUGUAAACGACGGAAUAAUUAGCACAUCCUUUCCUCGAGGAGUAUUAUUAAACCGGGAGACUAACGUCAUCAAUCGUUUAGAGGAAGCCUUCCAAGCUUUCGACGAUUUCAUAUCAGGGCAGGCUCUCUCGGAUAUGGACGACCGAACACAAAAUAAUACCCAUUCACCGAAUAUUACAAGCAGGCGACGUCAUUUUCUUUUAGGUUCUCGCAAAGCGAAACCUAAAAAUGUGCGAGAUGAAAUGACCGCGUCUUGGGUCGAUUGCGCUUUUAGCGGUUCAACGGCCUGUGUGGCUUUCAUUGAUUACGGUGACAGGUUUUCUGAAGAGAAUGCCAAUAAAGUUAUUGGCUCAGAUGAAGAAGGUAAAGUGAUUCACUUAGAUGAGAAUGAUAAAGUGGUAAAUUACUCGAAUAAAGGAAUACUCAAGGAAAGUAUAGAUAAGGAAAAAUCGCAGUCGCAGACUAUGGACGAGGAACCUACAAUUUUAUACGUAGCGAACGUGGGAGAUUCUAGAGCAGUUUUAGGUUCAAUUGGACCUAACGGGGAAUGGUUGACCACCAAAUUAUCCUACAAGCACUAUUGCGAGAAUACGUGGGAGACCAGAAGAAUUUUGAAGGAACAUCCCAAUGAUUUUGAGAAAGCUUUCCUGUUUAAAGCUGGGAGGCUAUUAGGCUUUUUGACCCCUACCCGUUGUUUUGGGGACGCUAUGUUUAAAUGGCCCAUGACUGAUAUAUUGAGGGCUAGAAAGUUAUAUCCAAGUUUGAACAUCUACGUGCCUUCUCAUUAUUUCUCACCUCCUUACUUGACCGCCAAACCGGAAAUCAUCUCCCACGUAUUGAGGCCGCAAGAUAAAUUUCUAGUGCUAGCCAGUGACGGACUUUGGGACUUUCUGCAUACUAGACAAGUCGUAAAGAUUUUAGGACAGAAAUGGGCCAGUGAACGGAAUAAAAACGAAACUAAGGAUCAAAAUUAUUCUUCGAUGAGAAUGGUGGAUGACGAAAACGAAGCAACAUCAGUAGAUACUGCAGAUCUCUCAAACUCGGAUAUCCCUCGAGAUUUUAGGCCGUCAUCCCACGAGGAUGCGUUAGCAGAGUCGAAAAUUAUUGAAAAACAAAAAAUGGACGAAUUUUCUAAUAUGGUUGCCCCUACGUUAUCGGAAAGCGAUUACGGACCUGAUACUAGCACGCUUGAACCAGAUCCAGAUUGCAAUUCGGCUACAUGGCUCAUGGAAAACGCUCUCGGGGGAUAUGGUUCCCAACACGAAAAGCAGACAAUUCAUGCUAGACCAGAAGAUAAUACUGAUGAGCAGGCAAUAAACCCUUUACCGAAACAGAAAAUAAUUAAAAGGCGUCACGAGCUGGAUUAUAUCAAAUUAUCAACACUUUUAUCGCUUCCGGAAGAAAUUAGGCGUGAUUUUAGGGAUGAUAUAGCAAUUAUUGUAGUAUAUUUCGAAUGAAAUAUAACAAAUAUAAAAAUAAAUUCCUCAUAAAAAAUGGUUAUGUAAUGGAGGAAAAAUAAAACUGUGAUAAUGAUAUAUUAUUUAUCUAUUAGUCAUGAAUUAUUUUCUUGCCAUGUUACAUUAUGUAUUAAAAUUUAUAUUAGAGUAUUAACUAUUAACGAGAUGAUCAUUAAAACGAGUUUUUCACAUUUUUAAGGGUAAAGCAAUUGAAAUGAAUGAUUUUUACGCUAAUUUUUUAUGUAAAUUGUCUUUUAUCUACAACUAAAAUUAUACUAAAUUUUUUUUGUUUAUGCAACCAAAUUAUAACGAAUUCAUUUUGUAUAUCUACAACCAAAUUUAUACAAUUUUUUUUCAAAAAAAAUACUAAUUUCAAUUUGUCAACCUCCCUUGAAAUCUUUAAGUUGUUCAUGAUUUUUAAUACAAAAAAAUCGAAAAUUUUAUCAAAAUAAUAUUCUCCUAAUACAUAAUUUCGCCGAAUCUCGAUAUCAAAUAAUCGCUUUAAUUAUAAUUGAAGAAUAUUAACCUUGAUUCUCUUCUUUCGAACUAUAUUUAACUUACUAAAAAUAUAUUAAAAGAAAAUCUUACCUAAGACAUUAUCUUCUUGUUUUAUAAUAACCAAUGCUCACCAUUUAUAAUUAUCAAAAAAAUAUAUUUAUUUUGUAUUUCAUAAAUUUAAAUUAAAUGCAUAGCUAUUCAAUGCAAAAUAAAUAUGGCGCUUUAGUAGUAUCAAAA